AUGGCGGCGGCUGCGGCGGCGCCGAAGAGGUGCAUGAACUCCGCGUGCGGCGCGCCGGCGCCGACGGCGGCGGGCGCGGGGGAGUGGAGGAAGGGCUGGCCGCUGCGAUCCGGCGCCGGCUUCGCUCUCCUCUGCGACAAGUGCGGGUUGGCAUAUGAGCAGCUUGUCUUCUGCGAUAUAUUCCACCAAAAGGAAUCUGGCUGGAGGGACUGCUCAUUUUGUGGGAAGCAUCUCCAUUGCGGAUGUGUUGCUUCGAAGUAUUCCUUUGAUCUACUUGAUAGCGGAGGAGUUCAAUGUGUGAAUUGCAUCAAAAACUCCGGAGCUCAAUCUGUUCCGUCUCAAGUGUCCCCGAAGCUUUUCUUGUCGCAAAGUAACCAGAGACUCUUCGGUAAGAGCGAUGAGUUUUUGUCAGGUAGACCGUUGGAGUCACCUUCCCUAAUGCUUGACUCCAGAAAUGAUGAUGUUGCUAUUAUUUCCAAGAGCCAUCACCCAUUCAUGGUAAAAAACAUAGAAGCUGGGCAAAGCAGUAACAUUCUGAGGCAAAAAGAAAUUGAAAAUGGCGCAAGGCAGAUUAAAUGGGAGCAACCAACCCUCACUAUGGGGGACAUGGGAAGGAUGCCUUUCUUAAUUAGGCCUCAAACUGCACUAGAGUCUCCCCAAUCCCAAUGUACUCGAAGGGAUGACAAUAGAGAUCCAGCUGCUGAUAGCACAACAAGCGAAUCAGUUUCUGAGGCGUGUCUCAGCAUGAGCUUGGGAAUUGCUAAUAACGGAAACAAGAUGGAGGCUACUUCGACAAUGGAAAGACCUAUGCUAUCACCAACGACGCCAUUUUCUGAAGGAAGAGAACUUGCCACUACAUUAUCUCCAUUUCAGCAUGCACAGAGAGCUCGGCAUUUUCUGAGCAGACCACCAAGGGUGGCCGAAGGUGCCGCUUUUGAUCCAAUGAAAGAUGGCUUUCCUCAUCUUCGCGUUGCGAGACCACCUGCUGAGGGAAGGGGUCGCAAUCAGUUACUUCCUCGGUAUUGGCCAAGAAUUACUGACCAAGAGCUGCAGCAAAUUUCUGGAGAUUCAAAUUCAACCAUCAUUCCACUGUUUGAGAAGGUUUUAAGUGCUAGUGAUGCAGGCCGCAUAGGACGCCUUGUUCUCCCAAAAGCCUGUGCUGAGGCAUAUUUCCCCCCGAUCUCUCAGCCGGAAGGUCGUCCCUUGACAAUUCAAGAUGCAAAAGGCAAAGAAUGGCAUUUUCAGUUCAGAUUCUGGCCAAAUAACAACAGCAGAAUGUAUGUGUUGGAGGGUGUUACACCAUGCAUACAGUCCUUACAAUUACAAGCUGGUGAUACAGUGACUUUCAGUCGGAUAGAACCAGGAGGGAAACUUGUUAUGGGCUUCCGGAAGGCCACAAACACUGUCAAUUUGCCAGACUCACAGAUUUCAGCUAUUGCAACUGGUUCCCUUCUCGGUGAUACAUUAUUUUCUAGUACCAACGAGAAUCUAUCAAUAGUAAAUGGCUAUUCAGGAUUUCUUCAGUCAAUGAAGGGAGCUGCAGAUCUCCAGCCAAGCUCUCUAUUUGAUCAUCAUGCUAACUCAGUUGAUGGAGAUGCUAGUUGGCUUAAGACGGAUAGAUUUGGCGGCAGGCCAGAUGAGGGGUCUUUGCAGUUCUUACAAAAAAGAAGCCGCAAUAUUGGUUCUAAAAGCAGGAGGCUUUUAAUUGAUGCUGAAGAUGCAUUAGAACUGAAGCUUUCCUGGGAAGAGGCUCAGGAGUUGUUACGUCCUGCUCCAUCUGCAAAACCAACAGUUGUGAUGAUCGAGGACUAUGAAUUUGAAGAAUAUGAUGAGCCUCCUGUCUUUGCAAAGAGAUCAAUUUUCACAGUACGUUCUACAGGGGAACAAGAUCAAUGGAUUCAGUGUGAUGAUUGCUCAAAAUGGCGCCGGUUGCCUCUUAAUGUUAUUGUUGCCUCCAAGUGGACAUGUACUGACAACACAUGGGAUCCAAAAAGCUGUUCCUGCUCCGCACCUGAAGAAUUAGCCCAGAAAGAGUUGCAAAGUAUUCUCCACCAGUAUGAAGAUAUCAGGAGGCGGAAGAGCAGUAUUUUUCUGAAGCAGAACAUCUCUGAAAUGGAUCCAUCAAGCCUUGACGCCUUGGCCACUGCUGCAGUCUUUGGAGAGGUCGGGAACCAAGGUGCUGCUUCGGUUGCAACGACUACCAAGCACCCCCGGCACCGCCCUGGCUGCACUUGCAUAGUGUGUAUCCAGCCACCUAGCGGCAAGGGCCCAAAGCACAACCCGUCGUGCACUUGCAAUGUCUGCAUGACCGUCAGGCGCCGUUUCAAGACACUGAUGAUGAGGAAGAAGCAACGGCAGUCUGAAAGAGAGGAAGCAGAGGCGAGCAAGAAGAUCGCUUGGGUGGGCAGAGACGACCCUGAGGGAAGUAACCUGUCACGGUCCCCCCAGACGGUGGACACCACACGAGAUGGGGAUGUGAUCAUGUUCGACAAGAUUGACACGAACAAGGGUCACAUAGACCUCAACUUCCAUCCCGGCAACCGAGGCGAGGAGCAGCAUGGUGGACAGCCUCGGGUGAGCAUGGUCAGCCUUCUCGAGGUCGCAAACCGCCCCCUCGAGAGCUACAUGAAGCAGAACGGCCUCGUGAGCCUGGCAGUGGAGCAAGGGAACUCUAGCACGGCUCCGAUUCUUCCUCAACCUGCUCCAAUGGAGAGCGAAGAGCGACCCUCCGAUGAGGGGCAGCUCACGUUGGUGGAGCGGGAGAGAGAUCCUGCAGACAAUAUGGCCGUCGACGAGGCAGCUGAUGAGAACCAGGGUAACGCUGUCAGUGCCAGUGACAACGCUGCUGCCUGAACUGAGCUUAUUGACCCUGCUUGUAUUAAUUAAGUAGUGGGUGGGUGUUUUUAACUUGUUUACGUGUGUCUAUCUGAUCGGCUUACCCCUUUUUUUUUUUCUCCAAGGAACAGCUGGUGAGUUUUAGUGUGAAAAGCAAAAGAAAAUCAUAGGGUUUCAUCGCGACUCUCGUUGUAACAUACGUGUACAGGGCUGUGCAAUCACGUUUGUACGUUGUAAUCGACCUCGAUGCUGUGUAUGGAAGGCGGGUUGGUGGUCGACCGGCCAAUGUUGUA